AGGUUCUGCUGGAGACUUCCAUUUGGCCUCAAUGUGAAAUUAAAGCAGAAAAUCGCAUCUACAUGUAUGUUGCUAUCAGGAUGUUGAUUCAUUGGUCAUGCCUGAAGAGGGAAAUUCUGUUUUAGGUGGCUGACUACCAGCAAAAGUAAAUGCUUAUCCUAGAUGUCAAGCAUCUCUCCUUUUUACUGGAGUGAAAAUCCCCUCCAGAUACCAACAGAAUAUCAACUACAGAAAAUGCUUCGCAUUUUAAGAAUGUUAGCAACCUAAAUUCAUGCACCCUGUCUGUACAGUUGUUGUGGAUGGUUUGCCAUCUGAAAGCUCCUCAAGUUCUUAUCCAGGUCCUAUGUCUGUUUCUGAAAUGUCUCUGCUUCAUGCUUUGGGUCCAGUGCAGACCUGGCUGGGACAAGAGCUGGAAAAAUGUGGCAUCGAUGCCAUGAUUUAUACUCGGUAUGUCCUCAGUCUUCUACUGCAUGACAGCUAUGAUUACGACCUGCAGGAACAGGAGAAUGACAUCUUCCUGGGCUGGGAAAAAGGAGCUUAUAAAAAAUGGGGAAAGAGUAAGAAAAAAUGUUCAGAUUUAACUCUAGAAGAAAUGAAAAAACAGGCUGCUGUCCAGUGUCUUCGAUCUGCUUCUGAUGAAAGCUCUGGUAUCGAGACUUUAGUGGAGGAGCUCUGCUCCAGACUGAAAGACCUUCAGAGUAAGCAAGAAGAGAAGAUUCACAAAAAGUUAGAGGGGUCUCCCUCUCCAGAGGCAGAAUUAUCCCCUACAGCAAAGGAUCAAGUGGAAAUGUACUAUGAAGCAUUCCCACCACUUUCUGAAAAACCUGUUUGCCUGCAAGAAAUCAUGACUGUGUGGAACAAGUCCAAAGUCUGUUCUUACUCUAGCUCUUCUUCAUCAUCCACAGCCCCACCAGCUAGCACAGAUACAUCCUCUCCCAAGGACUGCAUCAGUGAAAGUGAAGUCAUCAAGGAAAGAAGCAGUGAAGUACCCACCACUGUACAUGAGAAAACCCAGAGCAAAAGUAAAAAUGAAAAGGAGAACAAAUUUAAUAAUGGCACAAUUGAAGAAAAACCUGCUUUGUACAAAAAGCAAAUCCGACAUAAACCUGAAGGAAAGAUUCGCCCUCGCUCGUGGUCUUCCGGCUCUAGUGAAGCAGGCUCAAGUUCAAGUGGUAAUCAGGGAGAAUUAAAAGCAUCCAUGAAGUAUGUUAAAGUAAGACACAAGGCACGAGAAAUUCGAAACAAAAAAGGGCGGAGUGGGCAAAGCAGGCUAUCAUUAAAGCAUGGCGAAAAGGCCGAAAGAAACAUUCAUACCGGGAGUAGUAGCAGUAGCAGCAGUGGUUCUGUGAAACAGCUGUGCAAGCGGGGUAAGAGACCAUUGAAAGAAAUAGGGAGAAAAGAACCUGGGAGCACUGAAGGAAAAGACCUGUACGUGGAGAGCAGAAAUGACAGAGAGUACAAAGAGGAGCCAUUGUGGUACACCGAACCAAUUGCUGAGUAUUUCGUUCCUUUGAGCAGAAAAAGUAAACUAGAGACCACAUACCGAAACAGACAAGAUACAAGUGAUGUGACAUCAGAGGCAGUGGAAGAAUUGUCUGAAUCAGUGCAUGGUCUUUGUAUCAGCAACAGUAAUAUGCAUAAAACAUACCUCGCAGCAGGUACUUUCAUUGAUGGUCAUUUUGUAGAAAUGCCUGCAGUUAUAAAUGAGGAUAUUGACCUCACUGGGACCUCACUAUGUUCUCUACCAGAGGACAAUAAAUACCUGGAUGACAUUCAUCUAUCAGAAUUAACACACUUCUAUGAAGUAGAUAUAGAUCAAUCCAUGUUGGAUCCUGGUGCCUCAGAAACAAUGCAAGGAGAAAGUCGGAUUUUGAAUAUGAUUCGACAAAAAAGCAAAGAGAAAACAGAUUUUGAGGCAGAAUGUUGCAUAGUGUUAGAUGGUAUGGAGUUGCAAGGGGAACGUGCAAUAUGGACAGAUUCUACCAGCUCCGUGGGUGCUGAGGGCUUCUUCCUGCAAGACCUUGGCAAUCUGGCUCAGUUUUGGGAGUGCUGUUCAUCCAGCUCUGGUGAUGCUGAUGGAGAAAGUUUCGGAGGAGAUUCUCCAAUUAGACUCUCUCCAAUCUUAGACAGCACAAUGCUCAAUUCACACUUGCUUGCUGGCAAUCAAGAGCUCUUUUCAGAUAUUAAUGAAGGAUCUGGUAUAAAUUCUUGUUUUUCAGUGUUUGAAGUGCAAUGCGGUAAUUCUGUUUUACCAUUUUCUUUUGAAACACUCAACUUAGGAAAUGAAAAUACAGAUUCUAGUGCUAAUAUGCUUGGGAAAACACAGUCUAGAUUGCUAAUAUGGACCAAAAAUAGUGCCUUUGAAGAAAAUGAACACUGUUCUAAUCUUUCAACAAGAACUUGUAGUCCAUGGUCCCAUUCAGAAGAAACACGUUCAGAUAAUGAGACAUUAAAUAUUCAGUUUGAGGAAUCCACACAGUUUAGUGCAGAAGAUAUUAAUUAUGUAGUUCCUGGAGUCUCGUCAAAUUAUGUAGAUGAAGAACUUCUAGAUUUUUUGCAAGAUGAAACUUGCCAGCAAAACAGUAGAACUUUAGGUGAAAUUCCUACAUUAGUUUUCAAAAAAAAAUCUAAACUAGAAUCUGUCUGUGGUAUUCAGCUAGAACAAAAAACAGAAAACAAAACCUUUGAAACUACACAAGCAUGUAGUGAAAACAGUUCACAUGGAGAUGGCUACAGCUCAGGGGUUAUUAAAGACAUUUGGACAAAGAUGGCAGAUAGAAAUUCUGUGGCUACAGUAGAAAUAGAAGGAAUCGAUGAGUUGUUUUCGACAGACGUAAAUAACUCCUGCUGCUGUUUGGAUGCUGAAGCUGACAUGGAAACCCUUCAGGAGCCUAAUAAGGCUGUGCAGAGAUCAGAGUAUCAUCUGUGGGAGGGGCAGAAGGAGACCCUGGAGAAAAGAGCAUUUGUUUCUAGUGAGCUAUCAAAGGCGGACGGUGGUGAUUAUACUACACCCUCUAGACCUUGGGAUGUAGCCCAGGAUAAAGAGAAUGCAUUCAUUCUUGGAGGAGUUUAUGGCGAACUCAAAACCUUUAAUAGCGAUGGGGAAUGGGCAGUCGUACCGCCUAGUCACACAAAAGGAAGUUUGUUACAGUGUGCAGCUUCUGAUGUAGUGACAAUAGCUGGUACAGAUGUCUUUAUGACCCCAGGAAACAGUUUUGCUCCUGGUCACAGGCAGUUAUGGAAACCCUUCGUGUCAUUUGAACAGAAUGAUCAGCCGAAGAGUGGGGAAAAUGGAUUAAAUAAGGGAUUUUCUUUUAUCUUCCAUGAAGACUUACUAGGAGCUUGUGGUAACUUUCAAGUUGAAGAUCCUGGACUGGAAUAUUCUUUCUCUUCUUUUGACUUAAGCAAUCCAUUUUCACAAGUUCUUCACGUAGAAUGUUCAUUUGAACCUGAAGGGAUUACAUCUUUCAGCCCCAGUUUUAAACCGAAAUCAAUCCUCUGCUCUGAUUCAGACAGUGAAGUUUUUCACCCCAGGAUAUGUGGUGUUGACAGAACACAAUAUAGGGCUAUUCGCAUCUCUCCUAGGACUCACUUUCGCCCAAUUUCUGCAUCUGAACUGUCCCCAGGAGGAGGAAGCGAGUCGGAAUUUGAAUCUGAGAAAGAUGAAGCAAAUAUUCCCAUUCCUUCUCAAGUUGAUGUAUUUGAAGACCCACAGGCAGAUCUCAAACCUCUAGAAGAAGAUGCAGAGAAAGAAGGCCAUUACUAUGGAAAAUCAGAGCUUGAGUCUGGAAAGUUCCUUCCCAGGUUAAAAAAAUCUGGAAUGGAAAAGAGUGCUCAGACAUCACUGGAUUCCCAGGAGGAAUCAACUGGGAUUCUGCCAGUAGGAAAGCAAAAUCAGUGUUUGGAAUGUAGCAUGAAUGAAUCUCUGGAAAUAGAUUUAGAAAGCUCAGAAGCAAAUUGUAAAAUAAUGGCACAAUGUGAGGAAGAAAUUAAUAAUUUUUGCAGUUGCAAAGCAGGUUGUCAGUUCCCUGCUUAUGAAGAUGAUCCAGUUUCUUCAGGACAGCUGGAAGAGUUUCCUAUAUUGAACACUGAUGUACAAGAAAUGAAUAGAAGUCAAGAAAAGCAGACCUGGUGGGAAAAAGCCUUGUACUCUCCUCUUUUUCCUGCAUCAGAGUGUGAAGAAUGUUAUACAAAUGCCAAGGGAGAGAAUGGUAUAGAAGAAUAUCCAGAUGUUAAAGAAAUACCCAGUAAUGAAGAACGUCUGUUAGAUUUUAAUAGGGUGUCUUCUGUUUAUGAAGCAAGAUGUACAGGAGAGAGAGAUUCUGGAGCAAAAUCAAAUGGCUUCCGCAGAAAGAUGUGUUCCAGCGCGAGCUCCGGUUCGGAAGACACGGGCUCAGAAGGUGGAGGUGAAUGGGUGGACCCUAGCGAAGAGGAACUCUUCUCUCGAACUCAUCUCUAAACUUGCAAAGUAGUACAAAUUAUUUUUUAAAAGUGAUAUGUGAUGGAAAAUUACUCUUUCGUGAGCCUGUUAAUCUAACACAACAACUUAGGUUUCUUCUUCAAUUAACUGAUUCAGAUCAGUAAUUAUCUUUCUCUUCUUACUUAUUUUAGAGUUGAGGACAGCUAUCCUGUUGAAGAUUUUUUUUUCCAAGCUGUUAAAUUCUUGACUAUUUGAAAUAGACUAGAUUGUGUUGUCAAAUCAAGAAUGGGUGUGCAUGUGCUUGUCUUAGAAGUUUCACUGCUUUUUGCAUCUUAACUGCAGUUAAUUUUCCUUCUAACUGCAGUUAUAUCACUAUUACCUUAUUAGCAUUGCAGUGUCAACAACCACUUCUGCUUUCAGAGACUUUAGCUUUGGAACAUUUAGGCUUUGUUCUCUAAGAACUGGGAUAUAAAUCCUUACCCUGCAGUGGCUCAGUGCCUUUCGAAGGCCAGAGAGAAGCAUGGGUGACUCAUCUGCAGUCUUCGUUCAGUAAAAUCUCAUGUACAUUUCAAGUGAGAACCACAAAGGUGUGCUUUUAGAGACUUACAAAAUACUGUGUUUUCUAUCUUAGGAUUUUUCCCCCUAAAGUAUCAUGGAAGAUACUAUGGUUUGUGACUUUCUUGCUAACUGAAGAAGCCAAGGAUUUGGGGUAUGGGGCAGUGUGUGAGGCAGAGUGGGGUACGCUCCCCUCCCCACAACUUGUUCUGGCAUUUAUACCAAAACAUCAUUCAGGGUUCUUUGUGGUGAGUCUUAAAAUACACGGUAAAGAACAUAGUUGCAAAUUAUCAUUUUCUGGUGACCUACAUUGAAUUGAAGCCCCCAAAACUUGAAAUUGUAAACAUAUAGCAUUCAGUACAGGCCACCUCAUCACUCAAAGAAAUCUUUGGCUGCUGCAGCUAGCUGCUCUUGUAGCUGUGAUGUAGCAUAGCUUAUAUCUCAUUUUGUGUUUGAGAGAAUGUUCUGGGCAGGUUCUGUGUGUGGUGGGGCGAGGCGGGUAGAGUAAUGCCUUUCCCACAUGCCUGUGUGAUUGCUGUGCUGACUGUCCAGUGUCACUUAGUGAACCCAGGGGUCAGGACACCUGGACACGUCAUGUCUGUGCGUGCUGAUCACCUCCUUGAGCUGUCAUGACAUGCAGCAGGUCGAGGCUCGGAGGAGCAGUAUUUGUUUUAAAUUGUUUUUCUUUUUUUACCAACUUGUUUAAAAAAAAAAAACACCUAAUCUGUGAAAUCAAUUUAGCAUGUCUGGAACAUCAAGAACAGCAGAAAAGAAAAGUCUGAUAGGGACUAGAUAGCUUCACUACUGAUUUUGACAGACAAUAAAUACAUAAUUUAUUAGCUGGGAGCUAAACUGGCUGUGAAAUCUAUGAUUUGGGUUUUGUUGCCUUUUUCGUAAUUGAUAACACAGAAAACACCAUCAAAGACCGUGGAGUCUUCAUGGGCCUGUAUGUCCUCACUGUGAGAAGCCUGACGUGCCCAUUGGGUUUGAUCUCACCACAGGCUAGGGUUUGUUUUUAUACAGCACAUCUUUUAACACUUUAAAGGGGGUUUGUGUGUGCAUGUGUGUGCAUGCGUAAGGUUUUAUGUUGCUGUUAUUUACUUACAGACUUCAGAUAAGUUUUUACGUAUUUUUCUUUCUUCUAGAGCUUCCUAAAAAAUGAUUAGCAUCUGCACUGAAAUAUAAUUUAACAGCAAAGGCAAAAAAGGAUUGGAAGUUGUAAAUUCCUAAAAUCACUACAGUGACGAUUAUCCUAGAAAUCGUUGCUUAUGUAGCUGAGACCAAAUAAUUAGAUUUCAGACACAACCUUGAGCACAGUUGAUUUUGGACAGCUGCUGUUUGUAAGGAAAGGGCUCUAGGUGGCAAAGGUGCAGACUUCCUCAGACAUGGGUGAGAAGAUACAGCACCUUCCACAGGGGAACGGGGAUGGAUUAUAAAUGGGCAAAGGGAUUAACAAAUUAUGUAUUUAUUUGUUUUCAUAGUUAAGUAGCUGAAGCUGAGAAGCUUUCAGCAACAGAGUUGAAAGUGUGGUUUUUAGUUUUGUGAAUGGAUGAUCACAAAGAAAAAGCAUUAAAAAAAAAAAGUUGGCAAACACUGAAACGCACUGUGGUAUGAAGCGCAUUGCAUAUCCAUAGCACUGAAGUAUCAGUUUCCAUUCCUGGGCUGAGAUUUUUUUCCCCGUGGUUGUAUUGUUCUGAUUUCACGUACACCAGAGUAACUGAUUUUUUUUUUCUUGUGGAGUUAACACCAAAUAAAAAUUUUAAAAACAGUUUGUUGUUUUUAUUUAUCAUAAUAAAGAUUUUCAUGUAAAGAACCCCAGCUUCUUAAUAAGCAUCAGUGGACGAUAGCAAGUGCCCAGGUCACAUUGUUCCAGGUGGAGAUCAUUAAGCUCUCCUUCAGGUGACACUGAAAAUGCUGUUGAGCCGCUCUCUGCUGGAGGAGAAGGUGGCGGGGGGAGCUGCUGAGAAACGGGUUGGCCUUCCCCACCUGCCCCACAGUACACAUAGGAGCUAUUACUGCUAAGUGUGUCUUGCAAAAGAAAACAGCAUUUUUGUCCCUAGAUGGUAGACAAAGCUCAUUCUUUCUUUGCUUCUGAAAAAAUAAAACUUACACAUAUGUUACCAUGAUUGAUGUUAAUUGUAAAAAAGAAAUCAGUGUUUUUAAAGAAGUGUAAGAGAAAAGGAAAAAUCAUCUGUACUUCUAUCAUCCUGAGACAGUAACUACUAACAUUGUGCAGCCAUCUUUCAGACAUCUGUACAGUGUGCAUGAUAGGCAUGUAACGUAAAGAAAUGUACAUUAAAGAGACUACUAUUCCUGUUCUUCUGUAACUUCAGAAAGAGGUAUUUACUCAGAUGUCUUUUUCAUGUCAGUGAUUAUAGAGCUACAUAAUUAUUUUUAUAGCUGUAUUCUAUUGUAUAAAUUUACAUGUCCGUCAUUGAUAAAACAUUUAGAAUUUUUGUUUAUUCAGUAUCUGAACAUUUCUAUGGACAUCCUUAAACAUGUACAAAGAGACUUCAGAAAGUUCAUGGAAAAAUGGAAUUAAAAGAUAAAAUAUAAACUGCAUUUCUCAA